AUGUUCCGCUUUGCCAUUGAUCGCGGCGGGUCGUUCACGGACGUUUACGCCGAGCUGCCCGACAACCGCGUCCGCGUGCUCAAGCUGCUCAGCGUCGACCCUGCGUAUCCCGACGCGCCCACCGAGGGCAUCCGACGCAUCCUCACCCAGGAAACGGGCGUCGACCACCCGGCGGGGAAGCCGAUCGAUACAUCGCGCAUCGAGUGGAUCCGCAUGGGCACGACGGUCGCCACCAACGCACUGCUCGAACGCAAUGGCGAGCGAUGUGCGCUGCUCAUCACGCGAGGAUUCCGUGAUUUGCUGCAUAUCGGAACGCAAUCGAGGCCUCGCAUCUUUGAUUUGCAGAUUGCCAUGCCGGAACGCUUGUACGAGCGGGUGAUUGAGGUCGACGAACGUGUCCGCGUCCUGACCGCAGAACAAGUCGCGCAGGAAUCCGCCGAGCAUGCAGGCAGCAGCGCAAGCAUCCAAAUUGGCAUUACCGGAGAGUCGGUCAUGGUGGAGCAACCCAUCGACAUGGCGGCUCUCGAACGCGAUCUCAAGCAGGCGUUUGAUGCUGGAAUUCGCAGUGUGGCCGUCGUCUUGAUGCACUCGUACACCUUUCCCGACCACGAACGCCAGGUCGGCGCUGUUGCCAGCCGUCUGGGCUUUUCAAACGUGUCUCUCUCCUCAGCCAUCAUGCCGAUGGUCAAAAUUGUGCCUCGGGGAUUCACUGCAGUAGCAGAUGCCUACCUCACUCCCGCCAUUCAACGCUAUGUCGAUCGAUUUUCUCGCGGCUUUGACGAGCGGAUGGCUCAAGGCAAGGUGCCGGUGCUGUUUAUGCAGUCUGACGGCGGUCUCACGCGCGUGGAUGCCUUCUCCGGGUCGCGAGCCAUUCUCAGUGGGCCCGCUGGCGGUGUUGUUGGCUACGGCAAGACAACCUUUGACUAUGACGCCACAACGCCUGCCAUCGGCUUUGACAUGGGUGGCACGUCCACGGAUGUCUCUCGGUAUGCUGGCACGUAUGAACACGUCUUUGAAUCGACCACUGCCGGCGUGACCAUUCAAGCGCCUCAGCUCGACAUCAACACUGUCGCUGCUGGCGGUGGUUCGCGCCUCUUUUUUCGCGCCGGCAUGUUUGUUGUUGGGCCCGAGUCCGUGGGUGCGCAUCCAGGGCCAACCUGCUACCGCAAAGGCGGACCGCUGGCCAUCACAGACGCCAACCUGUUUUUGGGACGAUUGAUGCCGGAAUUCUUCCCGCACAUUUUCGGCCCGAGCGAGAAUGAGCCGCUGGAUGUCGAUGCGACACGGGCGUCCUUCCUUGCGCUGACAGACCAGGUGAAUGCCUUCCUGAAGCAGCAGUACGAGGAGCGCAUCGGCCAAGACGAGCAAGCGUCCCGCACCGCCCCACCUUUUGCACCCAUGACCGCCGAGGCCGUUGCCCUGGGCUUUAUUCGUGUGGCCAACGAAGCAAUGUGCCGCCCCAUUCGCGCCAUUACGCAGUCGAAAGGCUACGACACAACAACGCACACCUUGUCCUGCUUUGGCGGCGCGGGUGGCCAGCACGCGUGUGCCAUUGCCCGCUCGCUCGGCAUGCGCAAAAUCUUCAUCCACAAGUACUCUGGCAUUCUCUCAGCUUACGGCAUGGCGCUGGCGGACGUUGUGUGCGAGAAACAAGAGCCGUGCGCCACCAUCUACAGUCCCGCGUCGCUUCCCGACCUCCAAGCCCGGCUUGCGCGGCUCGGCGAGGCGUGCAAAGCAGAACUGCGACAGCAAGGCUUUGCAGACGACCGCAUUUCGCUCGAGUACUUUGCCAACAUGCGCUACGAUCGCACCGAUUGCGCCAUCAUGGCGCCGGCAUCGUCGCUCGAUGCGCCUGACUUUGAGCGGGCCUUCCUCGAUUGCUACCGCACCGAGUUUGGCUUUGUCCUGCGCGAGCGCACCAUCGUUGUCGACGACGUUCGCGUGCGAGCUUCUGGCCAUACCAUCCCGGCUGCUCGGUCUCCCCUCGAACCUGCUUCGACUCCAGGCUCGGAACCCCCGCGCUCCAAGUUCACCGCUUGCUACUUUGAGGAUGGGCUGCGCGAGGACACUGGCGUUUUCAGCACCGAGCACAUGCGCCCUGGCCAUGUUGUGCACGGGCCGGCCAUUCUCGUGGACAAGAACAGCACCAUUUUGGUCGAGCCGCAGUGUCGAGCGGAACUCACACCCCAAGGCGACGUCGUGGUCCACGUCCAGAGCGCGACCCAGUACCAAGGCGGCAGCCAGUCUGCCACAGACGGUGGCGCUGCGACGGUCGACGUGCCGCUGGAUGCCAUCCAGCUGUCGAUUUUCGGCCAUCGCUUUAUGAGCAUUGCCGAGCAGAUGGGCCGCGCCUUGCAGCGAACGUCAAUCUCCACCAACAUCAAGGAGCGUCUGGACUUUUCUUGCGCGCUGUUUGGCCCAGAUGGAGGCCUUGUUGCCAAUGCGCCCCACAUCCCUGUGCAUCUUGGCGCCAUGCAGGAAGCCGUGCGCUUCCAGGUGGAACAUCUCGGGCCAAACUUGCACCCCGGCGACGUGCUCGUGUCCAACCACCCCGCGGCGGGUGGCUCGCACCUGCCCGACAUUACAGUCAUCACGCCCGUCUUCCGGCCAGGCAUCACCAAGCCUGUCUUUUUCGUGGCGAGCCGAGGCCACCACGCCGACAUUGGCGGCAUCACGCCUGGCUCGAUGCCACCCACCUCCAAGACGCUGCUGGAAGAAGGCGCCAGCAUCAUUUCGUUCAAACUGGUCGAGAAGGGCGAGUUCCAAGAGGCUGGCAUCACGGAGAUUUUGAACUCGCCUGCCAAGUUGCCCGGAUGCUCGGGGACGCGCAACCUCUCGGACAAUCUGUCGGAUUUGAGGGCGCAAGUCGCGGCCAACCAACGCGGCAUUGUCCUGGUGAAUGAGCUGAUUGACUACUACGGCCUGCACGUCGUUCAGGCGUACAUGGGCUACAUUCGCGAAAAUGCCGAGGUGGCAGUGCGCGAGAUGCUUCGAGAAGUGGCUCGCAAGGCGCGCUUGUAUCGCGGCUCGACCUCGCUAGUCGCUUCCGACAGCAUGGACGACGGCACGGCGAUUUGUCUCAAGAUUGACAUUGAUGAGACCACAGGCUCGGCCACGUUUGACUUUGCGGCGACGGGCCCGGAGGUGUAUGGCAACUGCAACGCGCCUCGUGCGGUGACCUACUCGGCCGUGAUUUACUGUCUGCGCUGCCUUGUGGGCCACGACGUGCCGCUCAACCAGGGCUGCCUCAAUCCCGUGAACAUUGUCAUUCCGGACGGGUCCAUUCUCGCGCCUAGCCGCACUGCUGCUGUCGUUGGAGGCAACGUGCUCACCUCGCAGCGCGUGGUUGAUGUGGUUUUGAAGGCCUUUGGCGCUUGCGCUGCCUCCCAGGGGUGCAUGAACAAUCUCACGUUCGGCGACGAGACGGUGGGCUACUACGAGACGAUUGCUGGCGGCGCUGGAGCUGGCCCUACCUGGCACGGUCGCGGAGGCGUGCAUACGCACAUGACCAACACGCGCAUCACCGAUCCCGAAAUCCUCGAGCGGCGCUACCCCGUGAUUCUUCGGCAGUUUUCGCUGCGAGAAGCUUCCGGUGGUCGCGGCCAGUUUUCCGGCGGCGAUGGUGUGAUUCGGCUGAUUGAGUUUACCCGUCCGCUCACGGUGAGCAUUCUGUCCGAGCGCCGCACCAUGCGCCCGUACGGGCUGUUUGGCGGGGAAGCGGGCGCGUCCGGCAUGAAUCUGUUGAUUGUUCCGCGCGAGAAGGAUGCCUCCAGGGCGGCUCCUACCCCGGCAGUUGGGUCGAUUGCUGCGCAGCACCUUCAAGACAGCCGUUUGAUCAACCUGGGUGCGAGAUGCACCGUGCUGGCCAACCGCAAGGACAAGCUCGCCAUCUUGUCGCCUGGCGGCGGAGGCUAUGGUCGCGCUCCUGCGACUGAUCACCCAGAUACCCGCACAUCUGCUAACGAGCUGACAACCUCGCCAUCCGAAGAAGAGCUGGCCUACCAAAGCAUUGUUCGUCGCCAUGCGGCCGUGUCAACGCUGCUCGAUCGCAGCAGUGGCAGCGUUGCCGAAUACCUUCGAGCCCAAGAGAGCGCGUAA